UACAAAAUAAUGCAGCAGUUUAAGUCCAAUUUUUAUCCACGCUAACCCUAAUUUCCAUAUGCAGAUCUGUCUCUCCCAACAGUCCCUCUCGCCAUCACACCAUUUCUUGCAUUCUAAUGCAUUCUCACAUCUUUACAAAAUCCCCCCCUUCCGCCACACGCCGUGGAUGUGCUCGUUUUGUCGACUUACACUUCGUUAUUUCUGCACGUUUGACUCCGGUGAGGAGAUGCGCGAUAGAUGCGGUUGUUUUGCAUGCUCUAAUUUGCACGUUUUAUCACCGGGAGUCAGUGGAGACAAUAAAAAUGGACGCGUCGGGAGAUUUUUUUUUCUUCCCUUUACGGUGCAUCGACCUCCCCGCUCUGCUUUCAACAGGAGGCAGUCCGUCUGUGUGAGGGCUCUGUCGCCUGGAUGAGGAAGGCUUCAUGUUCAGUGCAGUUGUGCUGGUGCUUGGCUGCCUGCUGCAGAUGAAACUAGUGACCACAGAGGGGCAUCGUGGGACCAACCGCCAUGUCUUCUAUGCAGUGCAAAUGGAUGGAGGCGUCAGAGCCGCUAGAGGUUUGGUCGAGCAGCACGGACUGGAGUUCAUACAACGGGUUGGCAGCCUUGAGGAUGUGUACACCCUGAGAGACAGCAGGGGGCGCCCUGACAGAGCCACCUUUGAGAAUAGACUUGCCUCAACAGAAGGGGUUCACUUGGUGCAGAGGCAGCACAGUCAUUAUAGAGACAAACGGGUUCCUGUGACAGGACCAGAGCCCGGAAGCGCUCACAGUUCCCAGAGGAGAGAGUCUGCAACUGACAGGCAGCUGAAGGAGAAUACAAGUGACCAGUCCCUCACCUUCAAUGACCCACUCUGGCCCAUGCAGUGGGAACUGUUUGCACAGGGCCAGUACAACUCCAGUGGGUUUGACCUGAAUGUGAUGCCGGUUUGGAGGAACAACAUCACCGGUAAUGGAGUAGUGGUCAGCAUCAUUGAUGAUGGUGUAGAUCACGCAAACAAAGACCUAAAGAAAAACUUUGAAGCCUUUGCGAGUUUUGACCUGCGCGCUUCACACGGUCUAUUUUAUGAUCCCAUGCCUGUCAGAGAUGAGGCGAAUAGUCAUGGUACCCGAUGUGCAGGGGAAGUUGCCAUGGAGGCCAACAACUCCUACUGUGGUGUGGGCAUCGCCUUCAAUGCCAGGAUCGGAGGUAUCCGUCUGUUGGACGGCUCCGUCACUGAUGCCAUGGAGGCCACAGCUCUGACCUUCAACAUGCACUUCAUCGACAUCUACGUCUGCAGUUGGGGCCCACGGGACAACGGGGCCGAGAUGGACGGGCCGCACAGCCUGACAGAGCAAGCCCUUCGGCUAGGAACUCACAAGGGCCGAGGUGGAAAGGGCAGCAUCUUUGUGUGGGCAGCAGGUAAUGGUGGAAUGCAGCGUGACCACUGCGGUGCAGACGGUUAUGUUAACUCCAUCUACAACAUUGCCAUCGGCGCUGUCUCUCAAACAGGGAAGCCCGCCUACUUCGGCGAGCCCUGCCCCGGUGUGAUGGCCGUCACUCUGACAGGGGCCAGCGUGGGAGGCUCACUACCCCUGGUUACUGUCACAGUGACCAACAUCGGUGAUGGCUGUGUCACACAUUUUCCAGGAACGUCCAGUGCUGCCCCGAUUGCUGCAGGGAUCCUGGCUCUUGUCUUAGAGGCAAAUCCUAAGCUGACGUGGAGGGAUGUUCAGCAUCUGAUCACCAAGACAGCAAAGAUCCCCAACCCCAAGGAACCUGGGUGGAACAUCAACGGAGCAGGAUACCAUGUUCACCAUAGGUAUGGCUUCGGAGUGCUGGAUGCAGGCCUGAUGGUGCAGCAGGCUGCACACUUCACCACUGUUGCGCCGCAGAGGAAGUGCACACAAGAAGUCACACUCCAUCCUAUCAGAAUCCUUUCUCCAGGAGGGAUGGUGAGUGUGAACGUCCAGUCAGAGGCCUGCCAAGGGAGGACUGAUGAGAUCAACACUCUGGAGCACGUUCAGGUGAGAGUCAGCAUCAACGCUGUGUGUCGCGGUGACCUUUCUAUAAGCCUGGAGUCUCCAGCCGGCACCAUAUCACUUCUUUUGGACACGCGGCCCAAUGACGCCUCCAGUGCUGGCCUGGUAAACUGGACCAUGAUGACAGUGCACUGCUGGGACGAGCAACCACAUGGCCUCUGGACCCUCAAGGUGACUGACCACAAAGGCACAGUGAGGAGAUGCAUGAGGCCGAAUGACGAGGAGGCAUCCGGAGCCUUGCUCAGCGCUACACUCAUCCUCUACGGCACCUACCACCCACACAGGACCACGCACGAGGGACCCCUGGAGAGCAUUGUGUCCAUGGGGUCGCGCCACCCCGUCCCUCAGCAGGAGGUGUACCAAAGAGACGGUAUCCCCCCUCUGGACCUGAUUCAAUUGGUGUACCAAAUGGAGAGAGACAGGAAAGUACGAGCUGAUGAUAUCACCGUCCCAGCCAGACACCAGAUGUUGAUUCCUGGGAGCUUGCUGUUGGAUAACCACACCCUGACGUCCAGAAUGACUUUCCAGCUACGCCACACAGGUGUUAAACAGAAGUCCUUCACCAGGUCAAGAUCUUCAGCUGUGAAGAAACUUCAUGAGACCACCAGGAAUAAUGUGGACAGUGAGACUGGGUCCUUACCAUCACAGACUCUACAGGGUGUCAUUACGGAUGUGAAGGAGGUGCAACAGUCUUCAGGUCCAGGAGGAAGAGAAACUGUGAGCAGUAAGGCACAGUUCAGGGCAGUGGACAGGAAACUGAAAUAACAAAUAUGAAGUAUGGUUAAAUAAAGAUUGUUAUUUCCACA